AUGCAAAACCAGAGCUUUGUCACUGAGUUCAUCCUCCUGGGGCUUUCACAGAACCCCACAGUUGAGAAAACAUUAUUUGUUGUAUUUUUGGUGAUCUACCUUGCAACUGUUGGGGGCAACAUAAUGAUUGUGGUGACCAUCGUCUGCAGCCCUGCACUGCUGAGCUCCCCCAUGUACUUCUUCUUGGUAUUUCUGUCCUUAUUGGAUGCAUGCACGUCUUCUGCAAUAGUACCAAAGAUGAUUGUGGACUUCUGUAAAAGGAAGACCAUAUCCUUUGAAUGUUGUAUGACACAACUGUUUGCUGUCCACUUCUUCACAGGGGCUGAAGUGAUUGUCUUGGCAGCCAUGGCCUAUGAUCGCUAUGUGGCCAUCUGCAAACCCUUGUACUACACUUCCAUAAUGAAUAGAAGGCUCUGUGGCACUCUGGUGGGAGUGGCCUGGGCAGGAGGCUUCUUGCACUCCAUCAUACAGAUUAUCUUCACUUUGCAGCUGCCCUUCUGUGGGCCGAAUUUUAUUGAUCACUUCAUAUGUGACUUGUUCCCAUUACUGAAGCUUGCCUGCACUGACACACACAUUUUUGUCCUUCUGGUGUUUGCCAACAGUGGGUCUAUUUGCAUCAUCAUCUUCUUCUUGUUACUUGUCUCCUAUGGUGUCAUCUUGUUCUCUUUGAGAGCACACAGCUCUGCAGAGCGUCGUAAAGCUCUCUCCACCUGUGCCUCCCACAUUACUGUUGUGCUUUUGUUCUUUAUCCCCGGCAUAUUAAUAUAUGCACGACCUGUAUCUGCAUUCCCCUUUGAAAAAAACACCCUUGUGUUUUCCACCAUCCUGACACCAUUGUUCAAUCCUAUGGUUUACACUUUUAGGAAUACAGAAAUGAAAAAUGCCCUCAGGAAAAUGUGGAAGAGAUUGAUAUUGGUUUCUGGCCAAUAUUAA